ACAUCAUUGAAAUGCAAAGUUCUAAAUCGUUUCUGAUACGUGAUUUGCUGGGAGACCUAAUCAAUCGCCGGCAAACGGACUCCGAAAUUGAAUUGUCCAACGAUGACUCGGACAUAGAUAUUGAAGAUCGCUCGACGCCCGAUUCGACGGCGAACGGUUGCCAGCAGGAGCUGUUGCUGUCGCAUCACUACAACCACAACGAGGAGUCCAGCGUGGAGUCCUGCGACACGGCCACGCCACGUCCGGACUCCUCUGUCCGCAAUGCCGGCCUGAGUGCUGCUGCAGCUGCGGCUGGAAUGGCAGCCGGUCUACUUGCAGCAGCUGCUGCCGGCGGCGGUGGCGGUGGCGUCGGCGGUGACAAUGGAGGUGGCCCGGGCGGAGGCAGCCUGGGCGGCGGUGGCAGCUAUGCGGAGCACAAGCUACAGCUCAGCAAGAGCGGACGUAAGCCGCGACGACGCCGGACGGCAUUCACGCAUGCGCAGCUGGCGUAUCUGGAGCGCAAGUUCCGCUGCCAAAAGUAUCUCAGUGUCGCCGAUCGCAGCGAUGUUGCCGAGACAUUGAAUCUAUCGGAGACACAGGUCAAGACCUGGUACCAGAAUCGACGCACCAAGUGGAAGCGACAGAAUCAGCUGCGCUUGGAGCAGCUGCGUCAUCAGGCAACGCUGGAGAAGGACUUUGCGGUGCAGGAUAACGGAGCGGGCGGCGGUCUCGGCUGCUGUCCGAGCGGUUUGUCCAGUUCAUUUAGCGCUGCUGCCGCUGCCGCCGCUGCUGCCAGCAAUCCGUGCAACUUCUUGACCUCAGCCGCAGCCGCGGCCAUUUUUCGCAACGUUGGCUACGUUCACGGCUGCCCCAUGUAGAUGAUCACCACGCGCCUCCCCAUGGCACUGAAAGCUCCUUCCUGUCCCCCCCUUUCCCCUGUCACCCACG